UUUUAUUUGUUUAGCUUGGGCUUUUGGGUCGUUUGUUCAUUUAUUUAUUAUUUAGAAUUGAAUAAAAUUAAUAAAAACUCUUAAUAAGACAAAAAUGCAGUGGAAAUAAACUUAUUUAAAAUCUUUUGGGUUCCCAUCCACAAAUAGUAUUUAUUCUUGCUGAGAAACAUUUAACCUAAAACUGCCGACGUAUUUUGCUUACAAUAAUGUUCUCUAUUUGUCGGCAAACUCAUCCAGCAACCGGCAUUGAGCAUGCUGUCAGCUGUUACUUCUUUAAUAAUGAUGAUGUGUGCUUGGUUACCGCUGGAGCCAAUAUUAUCAAAGUUUUCCGAUUAUUACCGGAAGGACAUACAAAAGAAGUUAAUGCUGCUGGUCAGCCUAUACCCCCAAAGAUGAAAUUAGAAUGCCUUGCAACCUAUACACUCUGGGGUAAUGUGAUGUCCAUGGCUGCUGUGCGUUGCUCUAGUGCUGGAAGAGAUUUGCUACUGGUAUCAUUUAGAGAGGCUAAACUAUCAGUGCUACAGUAUGAUCCACAGACAAAUAACUUGAUUACAUUAAGCAUGCAUUACUUUGAGGAAGAUGAUAUGAAGGGUGGUUGGACAACUCACCCUCAUAUACCAUGGAUUCGAGUUGAUCCUGAGUGUCGAUGUGCAGUAAUGUUGCUUUAUGGAAAGAAGCUAGCUGUUUUACCUUUUAGAAAGGAUAUUACUUCAGAAGAAAGUGACCCAUUGGAGGCAAAGCCAUUUGGUGAUACUAAGAAGAGUGCACCCACACAGCCUGUAGCGCGCGCUCCGACAUUGGCUUCGUAUGUGAUAGUUCUCAAAGAAUUAGAUGAGAAGAUUGACAAUAUACUAGAUAUACAGUUCUUACAUGGAUAUUACGAACCAACACUAUUGCUGUUGUAUGAACCAGUGAGAACCUUUGCUGGACGAACGGCAGUACGUAAUGACACAUGCGCAAUGGCUGGUGUGAGCUUGAAUAUGAGCGCGAGAGUGCAUCCUGUGAUCUGGGCCACAGGUGGAUUACCGUUCGACUGUCUACAAGCAGUUCCCGUGCAGAAACCACUUGGUGGCUGUUUAAUAAUGGCGGUUAACUCCCUGAUUUAUCUUAAUCAAUCUGUGCCGCCUUAUGGCGUCUCACUAAACAGUAUUGCGACUCACACUACAAAUUUUCCUUUGCGAAUACAGGAGGGAGUGUGUAUAACGUUAGAUGGCGCUUGCGUCGCCGCUCUGGGUGCGGGUAGAUUAGCUUUGUCGCUGAAAGGCGGUCAGUUGUAUGUGCUGACCCUACUCUCUGAUUCUGUGAGGAGUGUGAGAAGUUUCCAUCUCGACAGAGCUGCUGCUUCUGUGCUCACUACUACGAUGUGUGUUGUAGAAGAGGACUUUCUGUUCCUCGGUUCGCGUCUCGGCAACUCGCUUUUACUCCGUGUGACGGAAAGAGAGAACCGAAUGUUGUUCUCUGUCGAGAAACCUCUGGAGGCAACCGUAGAUCUGACUGUAUCUGACGCUGAAAGGGAAAAAGAAAGAGAGAAAGAAAAACAGGCGGCGGCCAACAAAGAAGCUCAACAGAAAGAGGACCCAGCCGCUAAGAAACGUCGCAUGGACACUAUAAGUGAUUGUUUCGCUACUAACGUCAUCGAGAUAAGUGAUAAAGAUGAACUUGAGGUAUAUGGAUCAGACAUAAGGACCUCUACCCAGCUUACUAGUUAUGUAUUUGAGGUUUGCGACUCUCUUCUCAACAUUUGCCCUAUCGGGGAUGUUUCUAUGGGUGAACCCCAACUACAAGUCGGUGGCCGAGAACCAAGAGAACAUAUAGAGUUAGUAGCGUGUAGUGGCCGCGGUAAGAACGGUGCACUCGCUGUACUGCAGAGGGCGUUGCGGCCGCAUCUCGUUACUGCCUUCAGUUUGCCGGUUUCCCAGGUGAGUGGAGAUUGCAAUAAGUAUAGUAGUGUCUCGUGGCUGCGGGGAAACGGCGCACUCACUGUACUACUGAGGGCGCUGCGUUCGCAUAUUGUUACUGUCUUCAGUUUGCCAGGCUGUAUAGAUAUGUGGACGGUAAUGGCGGAGCCAGCUUCGGCUGAGACCCCAAAAGAGGUACAUAAAGAUGCAGAGGGUAGUCACGCAUACCUAAUAUUGACACAAGAAGACUCCAGUAUGAUCCUGCAAACUGGCCAAGAAAUCAAUGAAGUUGAUAGUUCUGGAUUUAUGACGGGCGCGUCCACAGUGUUCGCGGGCAAUCUUGGCAACAACAAGUUCAUGGUGCAAGUCACUACUGCUGCCAUCAGGCUGCUUGCAAACGGAGUACAGCUGCAAUCGAUCCAGCUGGAAUGGACGGCAGGUUACGGAGCCGCUGCUGAUCCCUAUCUCUGCGUAGUAUCCACGUGUGGACGAGCCCUUGUACUGGCACUCAGAGAGUUUAGAGCCAAAGACGGAUCGUUAACUGCCCGUCUGGCACCAACACGUCAAGCUGUACCUCAACGUCCGGCUUUGGCUCGAGCAGUUCCAUACCGUGAUCUCAGCGGGCUACUUGCCCCACCAGACCCCACACCCACACAGAUCCCACACCCACACAGGUACAAACGUUUGCUAUAUCCACCUGAUCCCACACCCGCGCAGGUACAAACAUUGUUAUACUCACCAGACCCUGAUCCCACACCCGCGCAGGUACAAACAUUGUUAUACUCACCAGACCCCACGCCCACACAGGUGAAAGGUGAAUUUCAAGGCAAAACUAAGAAUGUGAAAGCGGAAGGAUUUAAACCUGGUGCGACAUACGAACUUAACGAUGAUGACGAACUAUUGUAUGGAGGCGACCAAACCCCCGCUUCUAUGGCCAGCAUAAUGUUAGCGGAACAAUCCAAGAAUCCAGGGGUUCCUCGCCGUAUGUCACGGUGGUGGCGGCGGUAUCUAAUGGAGGUCAAACCAACUUACUGGCUGUUUGUAGUCAGAACAAAUGGGAACUUAGAAUUGUAUUCUUUGCCGGAAAUGAGGCUGAGUUUUUUGGUCAGAGAUGCCUGCGCUGGACAUAGGGUGUUAGCGGAUAGUUUAGAAUCGGUCGCCAAUAUAACGGCUGCUGCUGAAGAAGAGGACAUGAGUCCUGCUGCUAUUAACCCUGACGCGGACAGAUUGAAAGAACUGGUGGUGGUGGGGCUGGGCAACAAAGGCUCCAGAGUGCUCAUGCUGAUGAGGUUCGAAGAUCAAAUCAUAUUUUACCAGGCGUACAAGUAUCCACGGGGUAACCUUAAGAUGCGUUUCUCCCGUCUCCCUUUAACAUUCCCAUUCGGGUAUUUGGGCGGCAUGGUGGGGGGAGAGGAUGAUAGCUAUGAAGCGACUAGCCUGAGGGAGAAUGUUAGGCAAAUGCGAUACUUUGGUAACGUGGGCGGGUAUAAUGGCGUGUAUAUAUGCGGGCGGACGCCACAUGUGUUACUGUUGACGGCGCGCGGGGAGCCGCGGCUACAUCCACUGGCGGCACCGCACGCCCCCGCUGCGGCCUUUGCCCCCUUCAACAAUACUAACUGUCCCCAGGGCUUCCUCUACUUCACAGAUAAGUCGGAGUUGCGUAUUUGCGCGCUCCCUACACACUUGUCGUACGAUGCUCCGUGGCCGGUGCGCAAAGUCCCCAUCCGUAUGACACCGCACGCAGUCACAUUCCAUCUGGAGUCGAAGACUUAUUGUCUCGUCGCUUCAGUGGCAACACCAACUACGUCAUACUACAAAUUUAAUGGCGAAGAUAAGGAGAAGUCCGCGGAAAACAAGGGAGAUAGAUUCCCAUAUCCAACGCUGGAGAAAUUUUCGGUGAUGCUCUUUUCUCCUGUCUCCUGGGAAAUUAUUCCUAAUACAAGGAUAGAUUUGGACGAAUGGGAGCAUGUCACCUGCUUAAAGAAUGUCUCACUCUCAUACGAAGGCACAAGAUCUGGUCUCCGAGGUUAUAUAGCGAUAGGAACAAAUUACAAUUAUAGUGAAGACAUCACCUCUAGAGGGAGGAUUAUUAUAUACGAUAUCAUAGAUGUAGUACCGGAGCCAGGACAACCUCUAACCAAGAAUAGAUUCAAGGAGUUAUAUGCUAAGGAACAGAAGGGACCCGUCACUGCACUCACUCAAGUGUUGGGUUACUUAAUAUCAGCUGUGGGACAGAAGAUAUACAUCUGGCAAUUGAAGGACAACGAUUUAGUGGGCGUGGCUUUCAUAGAUACUCAGAUCUAUGUACACCGGAUGCUGGCAGUCAAGAAUCUUAUACUGGUGGCGGAUGUGUACAAAUCAGUGUCGCUACUGAGAUACCAAGCUCAGCACAGGACUCUGUCUCUAGUGUCCAGAGAUUUAAGAUCAGCUCAGAUAUACGACAUGGAAUUUAUGGUAGAGAACACGAGUCUCGGUUUCUUAGUCAGUGAGGCGGACGGUAACUUCGCAAUGUUCAUGUACCAACCGCAUGCACGUGAGAGUUAUGGAGGUCAACGAUUGAUAAAGAAGGGUGACUACCACUUGGGUCAGCAGGUGCACGCAAUGUUCCGCAUUGCCGCGCCAACGUCCACUCAUACUAAUCCACGACACGUUACUAUAUAUACAACAUUGGACGGCAGCAUCGGUUACGUAUUGCCGGUUAGUGAGAAGAUGUAUCGGCGUCUGUUGAUGUUGCAGAAUGUUAUGAAUAACUACUGCUGUCAUAUUGCCGGUCUCAAUCCGCGUGCAUUCAGAACAUAUAAGUCAGCACGCAGACAAGUGGGCGGUGGACCAGCUCGGGGUAUACUCGAUGGUGAUUUGGUGUCGUUAUACUCUACUAUGCCUAAUGCGGAGAAACAAGACAUUGCGAAGAAGAUUGGUACCAAAGUGGAGGAAAUAACGGCUGACUUGUACGAGAUCGACAGACUGACUGCUCAAUUUUAGUAAUGUAUUUCCUACAGUUUUGUAAAUAUAUGAUUAGAAAUAAAUGUUAAAUUGU